AUGUUCAGCAGGUUGAAAAGACUUAUAGGGGCUCCAGAGCCGCCCCCUGCCCCGGUUCCUCCGGCCUCGGCUCCACCAGCUAAGAUUUUCAGUGAACAAGCUGAACCUCCUCCUCCACCUGUUGUCUACAACCGCUUCACAGAUGACACACUCCGAGAUUUGAUCAAAAGGUUAAGAGCACGGACAGAGAUGCUCAGAGAGAAAGCCAUAGAUCCUUAUGCCACUUCUCCAGAAAUCACCCCACCUGUCACACCUAUCCUGAAGAAGGAGGACUACAUCAGGUUGAAGGAGGAGGAGCGGAUAGCGAAAGAAGAAGCGGAUAAAAAGAAGGCAGAGGAGGCAGCUAAAAAGGCGGAGGAGAAGAAGAAGAAGGAUGAGGAGAAGAGGCUGGAGGCUGAGAAGAAAGCUGAGGAGGAGAGGCUGGCGGAAGAGGCCAGGAAGAAAGCAAGGUUCCUCCCGGAAAUCAGCUGCUCCUGCUUUGACGUCCUCUUCCAGCCGAUCGAGUACAAGAUGGACUCGAUUUUAGGAACCACCAUAGAUCCUUUCACAGAUCGCCGCUACAUCGCCUGGUUGACUGUGGUAGCCGUGGCGUACAAUUACAACAUUUGGUUUUGCCCGGUCCGGCUGGCGUUCCCUUACAAUAACCAAACUACUAACCCUUUCUGGAUAUUUUUUGAUGUUCUCAGUGACCUAAUGAAUGUGAUUGACAUUGUCAUUUGGCAGCCCCGCCUUCAGUUUGUGAAAGCUGGCGACAUCAUAAAAGACAGAGUUAUGACAAAGGUUCACUAUCGGAAAUCACAACGAUUUAAGGUAAUAAAAGUGGCUCGCACCACAGGCUACCUGCUCUUCGUGCUCCAUCUCAACGCCUGCAUCUUCUACGUCGCCUCAGUUCACCAGGGUCUUGGAUCAACUACGUGGGUUUAUGACGGAAAGGGCUCGGCGUACCUGCGUUGUUACUACUUUGCUGUCCGCAGUCUGAUCAACAUCGGGGGUCUUCCAGAGCCUGUGACCACCUUUGAGAUCAUGUUUCAGAUGACAAACUUCUUCAUUGGUGUCUUUGUGUUCUCAAGUUUGAUUGGACAGAUGAGAGAUGUCAUUGGAGCAGCAACAGCAGGACAGACAUAUUUCAGGGCAUCGAUGGAUGGCUGUGUUGCCUACAUGAACACAUAUACAAUCUCCAAGAUCGUCCAGAACAGAGUCCGCACCUGGUACAACUACACGUGGGCCGCACAGGGCAUGCUGGAUGAGUCGGAACUUCUAGACAAGAUGCCUCUGGUGAUGAGAACCGCCAUCGCCGUGGAUAUCAACCUGGCUACUUUUCAGAAGAUAGCACUGUUCCAGGGCUGUGACCAGCAGAUGCUGGUGGACAUGUUGCUGAGGCUCAAGUCAAUCAUUUACCUACCUGGAGACUUUGUGGUGAAGAAAGGUGACAUCGGUAAAGAGAUGUACAUCAUCAAAGGUGGAGCAGUGCAGGUGGUGGGAGGACCUGACAACAGCAUUGUGUUUGUCACACUGAAGGCUGGCUGCGUGUUCGGAGAAAUCAGCUUACUGCAGUCUGCUAAAGAUGGAGGAAACAGGCGCACCGCUAACGUCAAAGCACACGGCUUCGCUAACCUUUUCGUCCUGGAGAAGAAGGACCUGUUUGACAUCCUCGUCCACUACCCAGAGUCUCAGAAAGUGCUGGCCAGGAAGGGAAGGCAACUGCUCAAAGCCAAAGGUCCUGCAGCUGCUAAAACCAAUGAGGAAAAGCAGAAAGGUCUCACUCUGUUUGGAACCAAACCGCAGACGCCCAAGUUGAUCAAAGCGUUUGCCGACAUGCGCAAAGGAGGCUUCCUGGACAAACUCAAGGUAAACUCAGCAUACAUGAUCACCAGUCAUAUUUAGACUGGGUCAGCUUUGAACUUGGAACCGUGAUAUGAUGUGGGUUUUUUGUCCUCUGUCCACAGAAAAAUGCAGCAGAGCAGAAGUGAGAACAGGACGUUUGAUGCCACAGAUCUGCACUUUCUCAAAUCUCCUUCAUUCAGUAAGAUCCACAUUCAACCAUUCAAAGUUCAAAGUGACAG